GCUGAGGAAACUGCCUCUGAGCAGGCAGUGGCUACACUGGAGGAAAGCACACCCAGGUCUCACAUUAAAGAAGCCAAACUGUCUGCUUCAAAGAGAAAAGGCAACAUCCUGUCACAGGCCAUGCUCUGGCAAAAAUCCACAGCUCCAGAACAAGCCCCGGCCCCACCCCGGCCAUACCAGGGUGUCCGGGUGAAGGAGCCAGUGAAGGAACUGCUGAGGAGGAAACGUGGCCAUGCCAGCAGCGGGGCGACGGUUGCACCUACUGCGGUGGUGCUGCCCCAUCAGCCCUUGGCCACCUACACCACAGUGGGUCCUUCCUGCCUUGACAUGGAAGUCUCUGCCUCCACAGUGACAGAGGAGGGGGCCCUGUGUGCUGGUUGGCUCUCUCAGCCUGCCCCUGCCACCCUCCAGCCCCUGGCCCCGUGGACGCCCUAUACUGAGUAUGUGUCACAUGAAGCUGUCAGCUGCCCUUACUCAACUGAUAUGUAUGUGCAGCCAGUGUGCCCCAGCUACACAGUUGUGGGGCCUUCCUCCGUGCUGACCUACGCCUCCCAGCCGCUCAUCACGAACGUUACGACGAGAAGCGCCACCACGCCCACAAUGGGACCUCAGCUGGAGGGCCCAGAGCACCAGACACCCCUCACCUACUUCCCGUGGCCUCAGCCCCUAUCCACGUUGCCCACCUCUACCUUGCAGUACCAGCCUCCAGCCCCAGCCCUGCCAGGGCCGCAGUUUGUCCAGCUCCCCAUCUCUAUCCCCGAGCCAGUCCUUCAAGACAUGGAAGACCCCAGGAGGGCCAUCAGUUCCCUGACCAUCGACAAGCUGCUUUUGGAAGAAGAGGAUAGUGAUGCCUACGCACUCAACCACACGCUCUCCGUGGAAGGCUUUUAGGGCCGGCGCUCACCUGAGAAUUCUGUUCUCUGAAACUGGGAUUAAACCUCAGAUUUGUAUUUGUAUGGAGUAGCCAUUUCAUAACUACAAUUUUUAUCUAAAAUUAGAAUUGUAGACCGACA